CACUGACACGCUCCUACUACUUUACUAUUAAAAAGUAUUGGCAUUGACCACCCUGCGGGCCUGAGCGCAUCGACCACCACUACCACCCAACCUAUUCCCUCAUCAACAGAAAAAAAUAUUCUCUGUUUCUCUUUCCAACGACGUACACACCACACGCUGUAAGGCAAGCUCUCAAUAUCCUUCAUCGUCUGUCUUAAACAAAUCCGACAAACCACCUGAUCCUCGAAUCUACGACACGAUCCCACCACCACCACCACCACCACCAUUACCCUCCAAUCCAUCCAUCACCAUGUCCCCCACCAAAUCAAACACAAACGUCCUCGCCGAACGAAGUCCCAACACCGGCUCACCCACCAAAGCCAGCAUUGACAUCAACGGCAAAUCCGCCUCUCUAUUGACGAAGCAAGCCCCCAGUGUAGCUACAUCUGCACCUGCACCACGCUUCGAAUUGAACAUGGGCAAGGAACAAUCAUUAUCACUAUCAUCUUCCACUUCUUCGACAUACAUCAGUCCAUCAGAUGCGAUUCGAAGUCCAACGACGAAGAAACUCAGUGAGAUUAAAGGAAAAAGAUACCAGAACGCUAAACCAUCCAACUUAUUUGCCAAAACUAUGGCUAUGGAGAGAUUCAAGGCACAUGAGCAGCAGCAGCAACAACAGCAACAGCUGAAGAAGCAGACUGAGUUGGAGCAAGCAAAAUGAGCAGAAGAAUGGGAGUGGGAAAAAGGGAAUGAAAUCAUCAUUAUUACCCGAUUCCGCGCCUUGCCUGCUCAUCUCCUCUCGUCUUUUCUCUUCAAGCCAGGCUACCUCAGUCUAGCUAUUAUCAGCCACCACGGCUUUGUUUGUGGGGGUUAUCACGAUCACCUACAUGGGUAUUCUGUCUGUCUGUUAUCCAAGCAGCAGAGGUUGGCGUCACUUGUUUUUCAUUUGGUCAUUCCUUGUUUCGAGUCGCUCAAGACAGACGGGCAAGACCUCUCUGGACAAAGGAGGGUGCAUUGUGGACGGGACCUUUCUUCGGCCCACUUCUUCACACGGUAGUUGGGUAGAUUCGACGUGGCACUUGUUUGAUAGAUUGACGGAUUGAUGUGAGUCCGAACUGGAUUGGAUGCCCACACCGGCCUCGAUCAUUACACAAGGUCCCUGAGGUACCAUACCAUAGACGUCGUUGUCGAAUCUCAAAUCUCGACCAUGUCUCAAAUUUCAGGUUCCAUUGUAUUUCCUUGAGUCUGUAGAUGUUUGUGACUAAUCAGUCAUUCAUCUAAGUAGAAGGCAUGAUCUCUACAAUAAUGCAAUGCU